UUCAAAGUUCGCUCCAUAUUUUCCCGAAGUGGCGACAAUAAGACUAGGGCAGAGAGAGAAGAAAGAGAGAGAGAGAGAUGGCAGGUGGCACCACCUUUGCCAAGGCCAUUUGCUCAAUCUGCUACGAAGAUCUCAAGCCCAUUGUUGAAGACAUCCAAGCUAUCUCUAUAUGCGGCCAUGUCUUCCACGAGCUCUGUCUACAACAGUGGUUUGAAUACUGUUCGAACACGAAGAAAUGCACUUGCCCUGUGUGCAAGCAGCUCUGUUCGGCGAACAAUGCCAAUCGUCUUUAUUUUCAGUCGGUUGGAGACUCAAACGAUCCCGUCCUAACUCAGAAACCGAUCGAUUACGAGGAAGAUCCCGAAGAGUUGCACAGCGAAGUUAGCAGAUUGUUGACGAAGGUUACGGGACUUACUUCGGUCUUAGAGCGGCAGGGGAAGAAGCUCAAAGAGGUCGAUGAGGAGCUGUGUUCUUGCAAAGAGCAGGCAAAAAGGGAAGCAGCAUUGAAGAAUGAAGCCUUGAAACAAACAACUUCUAUGCAACAACUGCUUCACCUGAAAUCUGAGGAUCUUGAUAAAUCAACUUUAGAAUGCUUAAGGCUUCAAGAAAGGAAUAUGGCCCUGGCCAAAGAGCUUGCAGCAUUCAAAUUAGUGUCUGAUCUGGAUCUGGAUGAAGAGAAAGUUUUAAAGCUUGCCUCUUUUGGUAAUGGUGCCAACAAUAAAGAUACCAUUGACAUUCUAAGGAAAUCCUUGGUCAUGCGUAAUAGGAGCUACAAGGAAUUGAUGGCCAAAUGCAACCUCCUAGGAAGAGGAGAGGCUCGUUUCUGCAGAAAACUUGACAAGGCUAAAGAGAAGAUGAAUAAACUAAAGACAAGGGUACAGGAAUUGGAGACGGCUCUUGAAGUAAAAGAGAACGAAGUUUUGAGGUCUCUAAAAGCUUCAAAGAAAUCUAUUAGCAAUGGGUUUAAUGAGAAUGUUGUGAAUUGUAAUUGUAAUUCUAAUUCUUGGGCGACCAAAAUUUUUUUAUCUCAAGGUCAAGAGAGACAACUUUCUGCAUCCAUGCUUAAUUCCGAUGAGAGGGGUGGCUUGAAUGGUAAUCCAUCUUGUUCCAGGAAAAUGGAAAACUUCAGUUUAGCUAAUGAUCUGAAUGUAAAUUAUACUAAAAAGAGUUUAAGCACCAUGGCUGUUAAUAGAGAGAAAGAUGAAUACUUCUUGAUAGAUGAGGAUGCUUCAAAAUUUAAUACAGCUCCAUCUGGACCUUCAAAUCCUGAAGAAUUGACUAGGGAAAAUCUAACUGAGCAGAAGUCUACUUUGAGGUCAGAUGUACCUUCUGACAUGAAUAAAGAAGCUACAGUAUGGCAUGGACGGGAUAAUAUGGAAGAAAAUUUAGGUUCAAGAACUCCAAUUAAUAUGGUGAAGACUCCUGCCACCCUGGAUGAGGAUGUAAUGUUGCCUCUUGAUGAUAUUACGCAAGUUGAGCCCAAGCUUAACAUUAGAAGGGAGUCUCCAUCCCCACUACCACUUUCUGAACCAGGGGGCAUUUGUUUUUCUGGUGGAUUGCUUGGCCCUGAUGGAACACACAGGUUUUUGGGUAAAUGGUGCAAACGGAGCCAGACCAAGGGAUCAUUAGCAAAGCAUGGUUCAAGUUCAGGCAAUUUGAUUGCCAUUGGAGCUGAUGGGAGGGGUGGUAAGAUCAAGGUUCUGAGAUCUCCAAGCCAAUCUUCACUGGAUGGAAAGGAGAAUUCAGUAGCAGCAAAGAGAACCAAGUAUGGAUCCAAAACAAGUAUGCAGUCGCAAGGAUGCUUGCAAAUAGAACACUUCUUUGGGAGAGUUGGUGAAUAAUGAAAGUUUCCAGAGGUUUCACACUGGGGUUCUUGGUUUCUCAUUGUUGGAUCUCUUGUGGCCAAGAAGAUAAGGCAAAAAUCCCUUGUUAUGCUCCGUCCAUAAAUCUGGAAGAGGGAGAAGUAUGAAAGAAGCAAAUACCAAUGUUUCUACUCUA